CCUAACUUCCUUCCCCUGCUCUUAACUCUCCCAAAAAUCUCCUCUUUCUUUCAACUUUCAACUUUCAACUUCCCAACUCCUCCUCCUCUUCUUCUUCCAAGAAUUUCAAUUAUGUUCGAUUCUAAAGAUCCUACUAUUAAGCUUUUUGGCCGUCAAAUUCCACUUUCCGACGAGGGCGAAGCUCCGGUGAUUCUUGACAAACAUGCACAACCCAGAAAGGACGAUGCUGUUGAUGAUCCUGAGAAACCUGUUGAUGAUUCAAAUGAUUCAACAAAUCUGGAGGGAGGGGAAGAAGCUAGCGUGAAUCCCAAAACGCCAUCUAUAGAUGAAGAAACUGCGACGCCUAUUAAUGGAGAAACAGAGAGUGAAAAACCUAAUUCAGAGAAAACCCUAAAGAAGCCCGAUAAAUUGCUUCCAUGUCCUCGUUGCAAAAGUAUGGAGACAAAGUUCUGUUACUAUAACAAUUACAAUGUCAAUCAACCUCGCCAUUUUUGUAAAGCUUGUCAAAGAUACUGGACCGCCGGUGGUACCAUGAGGAACGUGCCGGUAGGAGCCGGUCGUCGGAAAAGCAAAAACUCUGCUUCUUAUUACCGUCACAUCACAAUCUCUGAUGCUCUUGAAGCUGCUCGAAUUGAGACUCCAAAUGGAACCCACGAACCAAAAUUCAUUGGUAACAAUGGCAGAAUCCUUAGUUUUAAUUCGGAUGGACCGAGUUCUGAUCCUGUGGUGGGCUCUGUUUUAAACCUUGCAGAAAACAGAGUUUUGAGUAAUGGGGUAAAGAAGUUUGAAGAGAGAGGAUCUGAUCAAGGGUGUGACAAAAGCUCGAGUUUAUCUUCUAUGGCAGUUCAAAGUUCAUCAGAAUUGAAAAUCAAUGGCUUUCCUUCUCAAAUUUCAUGUAUUUCUGGAGUUCCAUGGCCUUUUGUUUGGAAUUCAUCAGUUCCUCCACCAGCUUUUGGCCCUCCAGGAUUUCCCUUAUCCUUUUUUCCAGCAGCUGCUUGGAACUGUGGGGUUCCAGGACCAUGGAACACUCCAUGGUUUUCACCACAACCUGAAAAAUCUGUGGGUCCUGACUCUAAAGCUUCUUCAACACUGGGAAAACAUCAAAGAGACAAUGAAAUGGCCAAAGAAGAAGCCAUUUCAAGUAAAGAAGAGGGUGUUAAGCAGAGAAAUGGACACGUCUUGACUCCAAAGACUUUAAGGAUUGAUGACCCUAGUGAGGCUGCAAAAAGUUCCAUAUGGGCAACACUUGGAAUAAAGAAUGAAUCAAUCACUGGAGGAAAAAAUCUGUUCAAAACCUUUCAACCUAAAGGCCAUGAGAAAGUUCAAGUAACUGAAACCUCCUCAGUUUUGCAGGCAAAUCCUGCAGCCUUGUCGAGAUCUCUCGUCUUUCAUGAGAGCUCUUGAAGGUGUAUGUCAUCGUCAUCGUCAACGGUGGAAAACUCUUCAUGUAGAUUAGAAGAAUGAAGAUGGGAUUUUGAGCUCACUCAAAGUGAGUCAGAAUUUGCUAACCUUUGAAUUAGAGAGUAUCAGGUAGCUGGUGAGCCAAAUGAAACAAAGAUGAGGAGGAAAGAGCCAUCGGUUACCUAAUUUUCUCAGCAGUAGAGCCAAACUAGUACUAAGAAAUGCAAAUUAUAAUAUUAUUCCCCUUUUUAACUGUUUUCACUUAUUGUUGAGCUUGGUUUCUUUCUUUAACCAUCUAAUGUACAGCUAUAUAUAGAGAUGUGAAAUACUAACGUAGAUUUGCAGAAA